AUGGCCAACAGCCCGUUAAAGAUUGCCGUCAUCCCAGGCGAUGGUAUUGGGACCGAAGUGAUGCCAUAUGGCAUCCGAUGUCUCGAAGCGGCUGCGAAGGUGUUUGGUAUCUCGUUGAGCUUCCAGACGUUUGAUUUUGCUAGUUGCGACUUUUAUAAGAAACAUGGUGACAUGUUGCCAUCGGACUGGAAGGAGUCUCUUAGCGGGUUUGAUGCUAUCUACUUCGGCGCCGUUGGCAUGCCGGAUUUGGUGCCGGAUGAGGUAUCGUUGUGGGGGAGCUUGUUGAAGUUUAGACGCGAAUUCGACCAAUAUAUUAACCUUCGUCCGUGUCGACUGUUAGCUGGUGUUGAUUGUCCUCUGGCCGGUCGGAAGCCUGGAGAUAUCGACUUCUGGAUCGUGCGGGAAAAUACGGAAGGCGAAUAUAGCAGCAUCGGAGGAAAGAUUUUCGAGGGGACGGACAGGGAGACAGUUAUCCAAGAAACAGUAAUGACACGCACCGGUAUCGACAGAGUCCUUCGUUACGCAUUUGACCUUGCGCAAAGCCGGCCGCGGAAGCGUCUUACAAGCGCGACUAAGAGCAAUGGUAUCAGCAUCACUAUGCCAUACUGGGACUCCCGCGUCCGCGAGAUGUCAAGCAAAUACCCCGACGUCAACGUAGACAAAUACCACAUCGAUAUCCUAACUGCUCAUUUCGUCCAGCGACCCCAAAUCUUUGAUGUCGUCGUCGGUAGUAACUUAUUCGGCGACAUCCUAUCCGACCUCGGGCCAGCCUGUACGGGUACAAUCGGGAUUGCGCCGUCGGCCAACAUCAACCCGGAUCGGCGAUUCCCGAGCCUGUUCGAGCCGGUGCACGGUAGUGCGCCCGAUAUCGCUGGCAAGGGGGUUGCGAACCCCGUCGGCAUGAUAUGGGCGGGACAAAUGCUGCUUCAGCAUUUCGGAUAUCAGGAUGCUGCUACGGCGGUCUUGCAGGCUAUUGAGACGGUGCUCGCGCAGAGGGAUCAGAGUGUUAUUACGGCUGAUAUGGGCGGUAAGGGCACUACAAAAACUCUAGGAGAUGCUAUUGAGGCGGCAAUCCUUGCGGCUAAGAAGUAG